GUUAAAUGCAGCGUCGCAGCCAUCCGAUGUGCCAGAAAGCAGAGGAGAUAGGAGCCGGGCGAGGGGGGGGGACACAACCUCAGCCCUUUUCUCCUUGUCUCCCUCCCCCUCCGGCUGCCUGUGAGUGUGUAACCGUGUGUGUGUGACACAGGGAGUGUGUGUGUGUGUGUGUGUGCAACAUGGAGGGAGGGACCGGAGCUGCCGCCGCCUUCCCCGGCAUCUACCCGGCAGCUUUCACUGCGGGAACGCGAGGGACUGGAAUUCUUGAUGAAUCGGAAAGAAUGAUGAAGUCCUCUGUACACGCAGAAGAAGAUGACUUUGUGCCAGAGCUGCAGAGGAGCAUCCACCCCAGAGAACGGCCAGACUGGGAGGAGACUCUCAGCGCGAUGGCAAGAGGCGCUGAUCUCCCUGACCUUGCCGGGGAGCUGGCGCUCCGCACCUGCGGCAGCACGGCCAGCAUGAAGGUGAAGAAUGUGAAAAAAUACAUCAACCCGGGACUGAUGGGCUGUGAUGCCUUUCACAGGUUAUCCUUCACAAAGGGCCAUUUCCCGAAGAUGGCUGAAUGUGCACAUUUCCAUUACGAAAACGUGGACUUUGGCAACAUCCAGCUCUCGCUCCCGGAGGAACAGAAUGAAGUAACGCGAAACGGCUGCGAAUCCAAGGAGCUGGUCUACCUUGUACAGAUCUCCUGCCAGGGGAGGAGCUGGAUCGUGAAGAGGAGCUAUGAAGAUUUCCGGGUGCUGGAUAAACACCUUCACCUCUGUAUCUACGACCGACGCUUCUCCCAGCUGGCAGAGCUGCCCCGCUCCGAUGCCCUGAAGGACAGCCCGGAGCUUGUCACCCAGAUGCUGAUGGCUUACCUGGCACGGCUCUCAGCCAUCGCGGGCAACAAGAUAAACUGCGGCCCUGCCCUCACAUGGAUGGAGAUUGAUAACAAGGGGAACCACCUGCUGGUCCACGAGGAGUCGUCCAUCAACGUUCCUGCUAUUGCUGCUGCCCAUGUUAUUAAGAGAUAUAUUGCUCAAGCAGCAGAUGAACUGUCCUUCGAGGUGGGAGACAUAGUGUCUGUUAUUGACAUGCCACCCAAGGAGCUGACCACCUGGUGGAGAGGCAAGCACGGAUUUCAGGUUGGAUUUUUCCCCAGUGAGUGUGUUGAACUAAUUAACGACAAAGUUCCUCAGUCCGUGACCAAUUCUGUGCCAAAACCAGUGUCAAAGAAACACGGCAAACUCAUCACCUUCCUCCGAACAUUCAUGAAGUCGCGCCCAACGAAACAGAAGCUGAAGCAGCGGGGGAUCCUGAAGGAAAGGGUGUUUGGCUGCGACCUGGGAGAGCAUCUCCUCAACUCGGGCCAUGAUGUCCCCCAGGUCCUCAAGAGCUGCACGGAGUUCAUCGAGAAGCACGGCAUCGUGGAUGGGAUCUACCGGCUGUCGGGGAUCGCCUCCAACAUCCAGAAGCUGCGCCACGAGUUUGACUCCGAGCAGAUUCCUGACUUGACAAAGGAUAUUUACAUCCAGGACAUUCACUGCGUGGGCUCCCUCUGCAAACUCUACUUCCGCGAGCUCCCGAACCCUCUGCUGACCUACCAGCUCUACGAGAAGUUCUCCGACGCUGUUUCUGCUGCUACGGAUGAGGAACGGCUGGUUAAAAUCCACGACGUGAUCCAGCAGCUGCCCCCCCCUCACUACAGGACCCUGGAGUUCCUAAUGAGACACUUAGCUCGUCUUGCUGAUUACUGCUCCAUCACAAACAUGCACACCAAGAACUUAGCAAUCGUCUGGGCUCCAAACCUCCUAAGGUCGAAGCAGAUUGAGUCCGCCUGCUUCAGCGGCACGGCCGCCUUCAUGGAGGUGCGCAUCCAGUCGGUGGUGGUGGAAUUCAUCUUGAACCACGUGGACGUGCUCUUCAGCUCCAAACUCAGCUCGGUCAUACGCGAUGGAGCAGGGCACAGCUCGUUAUCGCGGCCCAAGUCCCUGCUGGUGUCCUCCCCUUCCACGAAGCUGCUGACCCUGGAGGAGGCUCAGGCACGGACCCAAGCCCAGAUCAACUCCCCCAUCGUGGCAGACAGCAAGUACAUCGAAGUGGGGGAAGGCCCUGCAGCUUUACAGGGGAAAUUCCACACCGUCAUCGACUUCCCAGCCGAAAGGAAGAGGCCACCCAGCAAGAUGAAGAAAUCACCCGUGGGCAGUUGGCGUUCCUUCUUCAACCUGGGCAAAUCAUCCUCCGUGUCCAAGCGCAAACUGCAGCGCAACCCCAGCGAGCCCUCGGAGAUGAAAGCCAUAGCCCUGGCAGGUGGACGAGGAGACAGCGGGACCCUUCGCUCGGCUAAAAGCGAGGAAUCUCUUACUUCUCUGCACGCGGUGGAUGGUGAAUCCAAGCUGUUCCGACCCAGAAGACCCAGGUCCAGCAGCGAUGCCCUGUCUGCAUCCUUCAACGGAGAGCUCUUAGGAAACAUGAACCGCUGCAACUCCUACGACAACCUUCCCCACGACGACAGCGACGGGGACGAGGGGCUCAUCCACGUUCCUGCCCUCAUCUCUCCUCGAUCCGCCGAAGACGUCGACCUGAGCCCCCCCGACAUCGGCGUCGCCAGCCUGGACUUUGACCCCAUGUCUUUCCAGUGCAGCCCACCCCAGGCGGAGUCCGAGUGCUUGGAGAGCAGCACCUCCCUGCUGGAGUCCUCUGGUCUGAACCAGGAGAAGCCCAGCCUUCUAAAGAAGGAUUUGGAAUCAGGCAGCCAGUCCCAGACACCGGGCAGUGCCACGAGCUCUGAGCCGGUCUCCCCUUUCCAAGAGAAGAUGAGUCCCUUCUUUACGCUGGACCUGAGCCCCACGGAAGAGAAAGCCUGCAAACCCCUUGCCUUCUCCCCCAAACUGGGGCGAAAACCCAUCAAAUCUCCGCCGCUGACGACGUCGGAACCCCUCUCCUUCGCGCUGCCCAGCCGCGUCUCGGAAGCCGUGGGAGGAGCCUCCAUCACCUCCAGAAACUCCUCUGCAUCCAGCUGGAGCAAAGGGAUGGGCGUCACCGAUAUCACAAACAGGUCCCCAACCCAGAUGGCCUUGCCCCUGAAAAGCAGUGACACAGGAGCAGGGGAAGGAGCCCACCAAGAGCUACAGCAGGCCCAGCUAGUGGCCCCUGGCAAGCCAGAGUUGCCAGAAGAAGGGGAGAGACCAAUGUCAAGCAGUCAGAAUAAGACUGUACCCACUGGACACACACAGCCAGGAGCAGUUGCCCUCGACUCCCCCCAGGAUCCUGUUCCCGUCAGUUCUGUGUCUCUUAUCCCUCCUCCUCCUCCGAAAAACGCCGCGCGCAUGCUAGCCCUAGCGUUAGCCGAGUCCGCGCAGCAAGCCACCGCUCAGUCUCAGAAAAGGCCAGGAGAUGCUCACUCUGAAAGCACAAAUUACGGAGAGGCUGAAGCUGGCACAGCUCUAGAAAAGCUCCAUCUCUCCGCCGCUGCUCCUCCAGACAAACUCCACCUCUACACCAGUCUGCCCGACAACCGCCACCACUUCCAGACUGGUGCUGCACCACCACUAGAGCAGGAUUUCCAAGGUAGCGGCGCACCCGGGGAGCAGAACCACCCACCGGGUGCACCUGGAAACCGGGACCCCCCACCUCUCCACCCCGGCACCCCCGGGGACGUGCCUGGUGGCAGAGAUGCAGAGCAGGAGCAGCCCAGCUUCCAUCCGGGUAAAACCGGGGACAAAGAGCACUUUUCCUGCCACGCUGGGGACUGGGAGCACCCACCCCACCUCACUCCAGGGGCACUGCCCGAUUGGGAGCCUCCCCCACCAGACCUCUCUCUAGAUAAGCCCCACCAGCGCCCAUGUCUGUCUGGGGACAAGCACCACCUUCCCAUCACCGAUGACAAACCGCAGGUUCCUCCCGUCCCACCUCCCGGGGAGAAGAGCGCCCCGGCUCCCGUGCCGUAUCUCACCACCAUCCAGAGCACGGCCCCCGAGCCCAACCGGGGGUCAACGGGUCCCACCACCAUCCCGGGGGAUGGCACCCUUCCCAACGCCCCCCGCACGCUCCCAGUGGAUCACCAGUCAGCCGUGGGACAAGUACCAGCAGCCACCACCAAAGCUUCCAGUCAGGUAUGGGGUGCGCCUGAAAAGCCACCCGAGCCCACACCUGGUUUUGUCCCCGAGAGCACUUCAGCCGCCCGCUGCUCCUCCUCCGUGCCCACGGGCCACCAGAGCCAUUUGGAGAAGCCACGGGAGACCCCCAGGGCUCCCCCCCUGCACCUACGCUCCGAGUCCGUCCCCACUCACCCCUCCUACGGCUUCGCGCCCCCCGUCCCCCCCGUGAGGACGCUGGAGAGCAAAAUCGCCGCCGCCAUGCACUCCGGCAACGCCGAGGCCAUCAACAACUCCAACUACCACGCCUUCCUCUCCUCCUCCAUGCUGGCCUCCUCCGUGGAAGAAGCCCUGCUGCCCCCGCCGCCGCCACCCCCGCCGCCCAAGCACGCCUCCCUGCAGUCCGUCUACGUCCCGCAUCCCAAACCGGAGAGCAUCCCCGAGCCCUCGGGCCCCGAGGCCUACCUGCACCACAAGCCGGCCCCCGGCCACCACCAGUACAGACCCGAGAGCGUUCCUCCCCACGUCUCCUACCACAAGCAGCCCGAGCAGCACCCGGCCUACCCCCCUCGCUCCGAGACGCCCGCCGCCGCCCGCUACAACACCUACGCCACCCAAGGCAAGAGCGGGGCGGCCCCGCACUCCAAACCCCGCGGCCGGACCGAGUUCGUGUCCUCCGUCAGCCCCACGGGCCUGCGCGGCGCCGGCUACGCCGAGGAGGCCCCUCCUUACCCCACCAUCCGCAGGGUUCAGUCCCUCCACGUCCCUACCCCCGCCGCCUCCGCCAUCCGCUCCGUCCCCAUCUCCCGCACCGAGGUGCCCCCAGACGACGAGCCCGUCUUCUGCCCCAGGCCCCUCUACCAGUACAAGCCCUACCAGCCCCACUCCGACUACCACGUCACCCAGCUGCAGCCCUACUUCGAGAACGGACGGGUCCAUUACCGCUACAGUCCCUACUCCUCCUCCUCCUCCUCCUCUUCCUCCUACUACGCCGCGGCCGACGGGAGCUUUUACGACCUGGAUCCCUACAGCACGGUGCGGGUCCGGCCUUUCCACCCCCUGCCCAGCAGAGAGUUCCCCUCCUACACCUCCCGCCUGCAGAGCAAGGGGCUGUAUCGUUAUCCCAGCUUGUCCUCUUACCCCCGGGGUGGUUUGAUGGGUCACCUGGCCGGCAAAGAGCACAGUUUCAUCAGUCGGGACGUGCCUCCCGCCCCGGACAUCAAGCACAUGUACAUGUCCUGGGACCUGGAGGACAUGGAGAAGUACCGCAUGCAGUCCAUCCGCCGGGAGAGCCGCACGCGCCAGAAAGCCAAAGGGCCCCUCAUGUCCCAGUACGACAACGUGGCCCCGUUGCUGCAGGAGGAACUGGGAGGAGGGCUGGACGUCAUCCACUUGCGCAGCAAAUCCGAUCCGGGGAAAAGCGGCCUCCUGACGGUGGCGGAAAGCAAAGAGGGGGGGAGGUACCCAGCCAAAGCGGCUACACCCGAGGGGGACGACCGUUACUAUGGCCAGCACCCCGAGCCCGAGCUGGAGAGACCCCACUACCACGGGCCCUAUGGCAACGGGCAGCCCGAGAAGCCCUCCCUGCCCCAGAAGCAGAGCAGCAUCCGCAGCAGGAAGCUGCACGAGCCGGGCUGCGGCACCACCGAGCACAGGACGCACUUGCCGCAAGAAACCAGCCACAGGCAACCAUCCGAAGCCAAAAACGGGCCCCCUUACCCCGACUACAGACCCAAAGGUGGCCCCCCCGAGCCCUCCGAGCCCAUGGCUUACCAGCACCCGGGUGGGAAGUACAUCCCAACAAACCAGGAGAGCCUGAGGCUCAACCACAAGGAGGUGAGGUUGGCAGAGGAGAGGCCGGAUUUGGAGAGGUCUCGAGCCCGGCCGGUCCCCCCCAUGGAGAAACACUCCAGGGACUGCUACAAGGAAGAGGAGCACGUGGUCGUGGCCGCCGUGCCCCCCCCCAAACCCGAAAGGAGCCACAGCCUGAGAAUGCAGCCCCCCGAGCCCCUGGAGAGGGACUCUGCCCUCCUCUACCCCUACCAGACCCUGGGGAAACGCCAAAGCACGAUGACUGUGGUGUCCCAGUACGAUAAUUUGGAGGAUUACCAUACCAUGCCUCAGCACCAAAGAGGGGGCUACGUCACAGGAGGAGGAGGAGGUGGUGGUGGUGGGGGGGGGUUUGUGCCCCCCUCUUUCACCCACGUGCACAGUAGAACUUACGCCACGGCCCUGGGCCAGGGAGCCUUCCUCCCCACGGAGCUGUGUUUGCAGAGGCCCGAGACAGAGGUCCACGUCGAGUGAGCUGGUUUUGGGGGGGGGGGGAAAAAGGAGGGAUAGAGUCUAAGCAGCCUCUGCUGGACAGUGGACUGUUUUAUUUUUUCAGUGACGGAAAAAAAAAAAAAAGAAAAAACCCCACAAAAAAGCCACCCCCGACCCUGCCCCCGUGAGCAAAGCAAACCCACCUCCCCCCCACACCCCUCUCUGUUUUUAUGUAGUAGAGAUUUAGCUUUUUCAUGUAGUUUCGAGACAACUGGACCCACGGGGCAGGCUGUUGGCACAGGGAUGGUGCCAGAGAGGCCGGGCAGAGCCGACUGAGAUGCUGUUGGGAGCAGGGAGGGGAGGAAAAGAAGCUUUUUCCUUCCCCAGGUUUUUGUCAGGGGCAGUUCCCAUUGCUUCCCCACCACCAGGGUCCUGGGCACCAUGGACCAUGGCUGUUCCUCCUCCCCAGCAAGUCACCCCCCACCACCACGACCUGCCAGGAAAGGGUCUCCCUGCCAUCCCGUGGGUCUGCCCCCUCGGAGGUUACGCAGCAAGGGAAAGGGGGGAAAAGAUUUCCCAAGUAUUUUCUUCUUGAUAAAGGCCUCUCCCUGGAAAAUUGCUGCUCUUUUUGGCACACGAGAUCCACUUCAGCUGCUUGGAGGUGUGUGGGAGCCUCUUUUGACUCCGAGCCCCUGGAAUAGGCUCUGAAGCAAGUUGGAAAUACAAGGCACUUUCUCAAUUGCUCCCUUAACGAGCUGCCUCUGACUACAAGAAAUCUAAUUACCUUCAAUUUCUCUGUUGUAAGCAGAGGGCGGCUACGGAAGCCAAGUAGGGCAGGUUUGUGUUUCUCAUACCAAAAGGAAAAAAAAACAAAACAAAA